UGUGUGCAGGAUCUGGAGUUAAGUAGAUAUGGGCUCUAAUGCCGGCUCUGCUCUGUGCCCCUAAACAAAUCACUCGGCCUGUCUGAGCCUCAGUUCCCUCCUCUAUUAAAUGGGGCCAGUUGAACCUGACUUUUCGGGAAGCUCAGCCCAGGCAUUCUGAAGAGGCGGCAGGGUUUGGAGGGUGUGUGGAGAUAGGAAUGCGGCAGCAGGAAACACCCCCUGUUGCUUCUCCCGUCCUUUCCAGGCAUCAGCUGCAACCUCGAGGCUCUAGUAAAAGGUCAGGACCCCCAAGGGACCAGCCAUUUCCCGGGCUGCUGCGGCUGGAGGACCUCAGUCGCGAGGAGCUGGUUGAUGUGUUGAGAGCAGCCGUGGUGGAUCAGAAAGGGAAACCAGGAGACCUGACACUGCUCUCAGUGCUGCCAGAGCUCAGCCAGUCACUGGGGCUCGGGGAGCGGGAGCUCCAGGUUGUCCGAGCACCCGGGAAGGAUUGCUCUGGGCUUGUACUCCUUUCCAGUUGUCCCCAGACUGUAAGCCGCAUCCAGAAGUUCUUCACUCACUCACGGAGAGUCCAAAGGCCCACAGCCACCUACUGUGCCAUCACUGAUGGGAUCCCAGCUACUUCUGAGGGGAAGAUCCAAGCAGCCCUGAAACUGGAACACAUUGAUGGGGUCGAUCUCGUAGUUCCUGUGAAGCCCCCAUCCCGAAAGGACAUCCUGGAAGGUGUCAAGAGGACUGUCAGCCACUUUCGUGUGAUGGCCACAGGCUCUGGCUGUGCCCUGGUCCAGCUGCAGCCGCUAACAGUGUUCCCCAGUCAGCUACAGGUGCACAUGAUACUGCAGCUCUGCCCUGUGCUCGGGGACCACACGUACUCUGCCCGUGUCAGCACCGUCCUGGGCCAGCGCUUCCUACUGCCAGCUGAGAGAACCAAGCCCCAGAAACAGGUCCUGGAUGAAGCCCUCAUCAGAUGCCUCCGCCUGACCCCCUCCCAGGCUGCCCAGCUGCCCUUGCACCUCCACCUGCAUUGUCUUCUCCUCCCAGGCCCCAGACCCCAGGAUACCCCCAUUGAACUUCUGGCACCCCUGCCCCCUUAUUUCUCCAGGACCCUACAGUGCCUGGGGCUCCACCAACGAUAGUCAUCCCUCUGUCCCUGAUGCCCACUGGAAGAGAAGCGGGG